AUGAAUGGACAGACACCUGAAGUAGAUGGAACUGAAGAUGAGAUGAAUGGACAGACACCUGAAGUAGAUGGAACAGAAGAUGAGAUGAAUGGACAGACACCUGAAGUAGAUGGAACAGAAGAUGAGAUGAAUGGACAGACACCUGAAGAAGAUGGAACAGAAGAUGAGAUGAAUGGACAGACACCUGAAGUAGAUGGAACAGAAGAUGAGAUGAAUGAACAGUCACCUGAAGUAGAUGGAACUGAAGAUGAGAUGAAUGGACAGACACCUGAAGUAGAUGGAACUGAAGAUGAGAUGAAUGAACAGACACCUGAAGUAGAUGGAACAGAAGAUGAGAUGAAUGAACAGACACCUGAAGUUCCCCUCCCUAAGGGUGUAUUGCCCUCGGAGGGGAGCGGAGCCCCAUUGGCUGCGGCGGCAAUGCUGGGGGGUGUGGGGCACUUGGAGGAAGAAGAGGAGGAAGAUGAAAGGAGAAGAGUGUUUGAGGAGCCGUUGUGUGCUGUGGUCCAGAACUGCACCGUUCUACACAACAUCGUGGGCCCCGCCUGCAUCUUCCUCAGAGAGGCGUUCAUUCAGAGCCAGCUCGACAGAGACCUACGGCCAGAAGAGAUUGAAGAGCUGAAGGAGGCGUUCGGGGAGUUUGAUAAGGAUAAAGAUGGCUACAUCAGCUGUAAGGAACUGGGAGAGUGCAUGAGGACUAUGGGGUACAUGCCUACUGAGAUGGAGCUCAUCGAACUCAGCCAGAACAUCUGUGGCGGCAGAGUGGACUUUGAGGACUUUGUGGAGCUGAUGGGUCCUAAGAUGUUGGCAGAGACAGCAGACAUGAUAGGAGUGAAGGAGCUCAGGGAUGCUUUCAGAGAAUUUGACUCUAACGGGGACGGUCAGAUAAGCCUGGCUGAACUGAAGGAGGCCAUGAAAAAGCUGGUGGGGGAGCAGCUCAACCAACCAGAGAUCGACGAGAUCCUCCGAGAUGUCGACCUCAAUGGGGACGGCCUGCUCGACUUCGAGGAGUUUGUCAGGAUGAUGUCUCGCUGACUCGCUUGGCCAGAAGAUCAUGAUGACGUGACUUUUAGAGACUAGUAAACAACAAAACCUCCUCUGUUAGAUGUUAUGGACCAGUCCUCAGUAUGUUGUUGAACAUGUAAUUACAGUACUAUUGAUGUACAAAUAUUUCAUGUUGUUUUUAGGGUA